AUGCUCGAGCAGGCGCAGCACCCCGACGACGAGAAUGGUUGUGGCCUUGUCGACGCCCUUGUUGGCCUUAUGAAGGAUCACCAGGGCUUUGAAUUCAGGUUUAGUAGAGAUGUUAUAAAGGGGAUACUAACGAACACAUAUAUCGGAGCCGUCGACACAUGCGCGGUGACCAUUAUCUGGGCAAUGGCAGAGCUGGUCAGGAAGCCACAUGUGCUGAACAAGGUGCAAUACGAGAUCAGGACUAUAGUGGGCAACAAAGAGAGGGUGCAACAAGACGACAUGCCCAAGCUCAAGUACAUCAAGACGGUGGUCAUGGAGACGUUGCGCCUGCACCCGGUGUUGCCCCUUCUUGUGCUGAGGGAGACCAUGAGGCACAUCACAGUGUGCGGGUACGAUGUGCCGGCAAAGACGAGGAUCUUUGUGAACGCAUGGGCCAUCGGGAGGGACCCGGCCAACUGGGGGGUCAACCCUGAGGAGUUCAUCCCGGAGAGGUUCGAGGGCAAGGACGACAUGUACUUUAACCAAGCGCAGUUCGAUUUCCUGCCCUUCCUCGCCGGACGCAGGAUGCAUUACUAGGGAAAAGCUUAUAGACAUGCGCUUACUAGUAGCGCAGGUUUAUACCCCUCGCUGCUGCUACUUACUAGU